GGACUUCCUGUUUACGACACCGCUAGUUUUUGGCAUACUAGAGUGUAGGCUACUCUAGAAGGUCCAUUUUUUCAUCAAAGUGCAACAUGCCAGUGAUAGUAAUGAACAAAACCCGCUUGGUGAGUUGUCUUCUGGCCCUGCUGCUUCCACUGUCGUCUUGGCAGGAGGAGCACAGUAAGCUUCUGUUGGUGUCUUUUGAUGGUUUCCGCUGGGACUAUGUCAACAGGGUGCCCACACCUAAUUUCCGUGCCCUUAUGGAAGAGGGUGUGCAGGUGGAGCAGGUGGAGAACACCUACAUCACCAGCAUUCCUAACCACUACACAUUAGUAACGGGCUUACACGCAGAGAGCCACGGAAUUGUGGCCAAUGAAAUGUAUGACCCAGUUCUGAAUCGUUCCUUCUCCAUGGAGGGCUCAGAAGUCUAUGACUCACGUUGGUGGGAGGAGGCAGUUCCACUCUGGGUAACCAGUCAGAAGGCUGGACGGAGGAGCGGAGCUGCCAUGUGGCCUGGAUCGGACGUGGCCAUUGGUGGAGUGUACCCAACCCAUUAUGUGCCAUAUAAUGCAUCUAUGCCCUUUGAGGUGCGGGUAGAGAAUCUCAUAAACUGGUUCUCAGGAAAUGAGGCAAUUGAUUUUGGGGUUCUUUACUGGGAAGAACCAGACGAGAGUGGCCAUAAUGUGGGCCCAGAGAGUCCACUUAUGGAUGUGGUCAUUAAGGACAUUGAUAUAAAGCUGGGUUUUCUCAGAGAUGAGCUCAAAAGAGCUGGUCUUUAUGACAGCAUCAAUCUCAUUGUCACAAGUGACCAUGGUAUGACACAAUUAUCACAUGAUAAGGUAAUUGAGCUGGACACCUACGUGAGUCAAGAUCUCUACACAUGGAUAGACAAGAGCCCAGUGGUGGGCAUUUUACCCAGAGAAGGUAAAUUAGAUGAAGUCUACAACUUGUUGAAGAAUGCAAAUCCUAACAUGGCAGUGUACAAGAGAGACGACAUUCCUGAUUACCUACACUACAAACAUAAUGUUAGGAUAAUGCCGAUUAUUAUAGAGGUCAAAGAAGCAUGGACCCUUGUUCAGAACAAAACUGGAUACUUUAUGUUGGGUAACCAUGGUUAUAGUAACCAACUGCGCAGCAUGCACCCUGUGUUUGUUGCUCGUGGGCCAUUGUUCCGUGCCGGUUACACCAAGUCCUCCAUGCGCUCAGUUGACCUCUACCCCCUCAUGUGUAGCAUUCUUGGCAUUCAGCCACGACCUAACAACGGCUCUCUGGGGAACGUGCGGGAUCUCUUGGUGGAGACGUGUACCACCAUGCCUACACCCACACCCGUUUCCAGGGAGCCUUCCUACGCCUGGGCAGUCGGUUCGCUCCUGGGCACCGCGCUCGUCAUUGGCUUUCUUAUUAGCUUCGUCAAGCAGGUGACAGAGAGGCGGCAGCUCCCUCUGCCUCUCAGCAACAAGGAGAUUUUCAAGCCUUUACUGCAGGAUGAACUACGCCUUUAAUGAACGCGUCUCAUUUCUGAUUGUGAUGCUUUAUUUUGAUAUGUUUAAUGUGAAUCUCCCAAUAACACUUUAAUGUCUCUAAUGUGAGGCUUCUGCAUCAUGUAGCACUGAUCCUCUCUCUCUCUGGUGCUUCAACCUGUUUUUUCCUUCUGUCAAAUCCACUUGUCCCUGUGAUUCAAAUUUAAACAACAGGCAAAGUCACUUUAAUUCAUGUGUCAGCAAAGUAAAGCCAACUGAAUCAUUACUGAUGGUGCAAUGCUAAGGCAUAAUUCAACAAGAGCAAUAUGAGAAGGGAAGGUCUAGGCAAACCCAUCUGAACAAUCAUCAGUGUUUAGAGCUGAGAAUGUCCACAGUGUCCUCUGCUGGCAAAGCUGACAAUUUUCAAUUUCUGUGGUCUAUAUAUUUCAAAGAAGGGAAAAAAAUGUGAAUGGAAGGUACAAACAUCUAGCAUUGCAGUCUUUCAAAUACCAGUCAGUAAGAUAUACACUUUUUUUUCCACGAGAGAGUCAUGGUUUGUCUUGUUUAAGACCUAUAUUUAAUGUUACUUUAAGUUAUUGACUGUGGGGCAUUGUGACUUACCUAUUUGCUUUUAUACGUUUGAAACCAUUAGUAUUUCCUUGAUCCAGUGGUAAAGUGCAAUGGCUACAUGCUUUAAUGUUUAGUUGUAAUGCUGACAGAAUGUUUUAGGUUGAUAUUUACAUGAAGGGGGUAGUUAAUAAGCUGCCUCAAUGCUGCACUAAGAUCAAUAUGUAGGCUUAUGAUUUGUAGAAAUGGAGUGUAGGGGAAUAGAAUAGUUUUAGAUUGGUUGCAUUUUGCACAAUAUUUUCCCAUGCUUUUAAGCUUUAAAAAAAAAAAAAAAUUAUAUUUACACACACAGGUGCCAAAAUCCUUUAGCUACUAAUGUAGGAAAUGGUAUAAUUAGUGGUAAAACACUGGAUUCCUGCAUUGAUUUGUAAUUGUAGAUUUUACAUGAGGCUCCAAUGGGCCAAACCACUGUGACUUACCUUCUACAGGUGCAAAAACACAAAAGGAACAAACUCUGAUUUAGUUGUUGCUGGUAUAGUUAGUUGACGUGCAAGUUGCUUGCAAAAUGUUAUGGUGUGGCUAGUUUGGGGUGGGGUGGAGAGAAUUCAGUGUUGCUCAUUUUUGUCCUUAAGUUAUAUUGUACUGCUUCAAAAGUAUGACUUAUGAUUUAACUGGUGUCAUAGAUGUUUUAAAAUAAAGACCAUCUCUGUUCAUUGUGUCGAUGUAAAAGAAUAAAUAUCUACUUGGGGGUCAAUA